AUGAAGGUCGCCUGUAUUUCUAUCGCCGUCGUUGCAUUGUGCACGAACGUUGCACUCUCAACCUCAAGAUACCCAGGCCCAAAUCCAAGCCACAAUGAUCAGACCUCGCUUACUCUGCUCUACCAGAACAACCUCAAUGCCUCGGACGAUGUCAACCACAUUGGAGCUCUACUGUUGGACCCCACCACCCCAAGCGGUGCAGCAGCGAGAUGUGCCCUCUUUGGAGAGACCCUCCUCACCAGGGCCACCCUCGAAAACUAUACUGCCGACUUCGUUCCUAUCAUCAACUACCUCCUCUUCUCCUCUUCCAUUCCGCCCAACUCUCCCAUCCUCGUCGCCGAUGCCCUCCUUACUCUUGCCUCCGACACCUCUUGCCUCAGCUUCUCCCCACUCUCCCCACGCCCCUCCAACAAGCGCCGCUAUCCCGUUCUCUGUACCCAAUCUUCCCGCUCCGACACACCGUCCACUUCCUCCGCCAGCUCUGCCAACCAAAUCACCAUCAGCGAUCCUGCGACCAAAAACACCUACGUCGGCUACCGCAAUCUGAAAUCAUUUCGCUUCCUUGGUAUCCCGUACACGAACAUGCCGACACCGCGAUGGACAUAUUCAACUCCCAAUACCGUGACGGGUACACACUUCAAUGCGACGACUUACGGUCCCGCCUGCCCGCAAACAGGCUCCAACUCAAGUAUCGAAGACUGCCUCUUCCUCAAUAUCCAGACGCCCUACAUCCCCUCUUCCUCCCCUCAUACCGCCCGCAAGCUACGUCCAGUUCUCCUGAACAUUCACGGUGGCGGCUUCACUGGCGGCUCCAGCAACUCCCUAGAUGGCUCCGAUCUCUCUUCCCGCCACGAUAUCGUAAUGGUCUCCAUCAACUAUCGCUUGUCGACGCUCGGAUUUCUCGCCGUACCUGGUACUGCUAUCCGUGGUAACUUCGGUCUCGGCGAUCAGGUCUCCGCGCUGAAAUGGGUUCGUGCCAACAUCGCUGCUUUUGGCGGUGAUCCGAGCAAGGUGACUAUCAUGGGUGAGAGUGCUGGAGCCGGGAGUGUGCGGGCAUUGCUUGGUGCGCCGGAGGUUGUGGCUCAAGGAUUGGUACAAGGCGCGGUGGCGAUGAGUAACCUUGGAGGUGGUAGGACGUUGGGGCUACAGGGUAACUACGGCACGGAGUUCAGCGAGUGGAAGACCACUGAAGAAGGAUGGCAACAGCAAGGAUCCAAAGUUGCAGUCGAGGCGGGGUGCGCGAACGGCACUCUGGAAGAACAAGUCGACUGUCUUCGUACCAUUCCCGCGGACGAACUAGUCAAGCAGCAGAAUGUCGCCCGCUUCGUCCUGCAAGACGGAGAAAUUGUGACCCGCCGCAACCUCAACGUCGUCACCUCGAACGGCACAACAGCGCAUAUUCCCGUCAUCUUCGGCAUCACCGCCAAUGACGGCGCGAGCUUCUCCACUUACCCAGCCGCCAACAUCACCUCCGAAAACGAAGGUAUUCAGCAAGCUCUUGGGAUCAGCGAAGCGUACGCUCAGAGCGUCAUUGACAGUGGACUCUUUCCAUUCUACGACACGGGCAACCUAACUCUCGACGCGUUCAACGUCAGCCAGCGGGUAGCGACGGACACGACAUUCCGCUGCAUCGACGAAGCCACCGUGUAUGCUGGAGCCAUAUCAGGGGUGUUCGAGAAAGCGUAUUACUAUACCAUUGAGCGUACUUGGGCCGGUUACGAUCCGAACAACCUCGGUCUCUCCGGUCUGUCUAGCGGACCCAUAUCUUCGGCGUUUCCAUCCGGUAAUCCUGAGGCAGCAUACUUCCGCCUCCACGGCGCGGAUCUUGGAUUCGCAUACGGCAACCAAGCUCCACUUCGGGACGCGCAGGAUUUGAUGGCCAGCCAGCUCAUCUCAGGAUAUUUUGCGCAAUUCGCCAAGACUGGAGAUCCGAAUGCUGAUGUAGCGUACUUGCAGGCCAGAGGGUACACAGAGGAACUGGAGGCCGCAGAAGGAAGCGGCAGCUGGGACGUUGUAAGCGGAAAAAUGGGCCCAGGAAUGAGAUUGGAUGCGAAGAGUCGGUUGGCAGGGUGGGAAGAGAUGGAGCAGUGUGCUUGGUUGGGAUAUGGAGUUGAGUAUUAUGUUGAUGGAGGGAUCUGA